AUGGUCCCUGAAAAGCCGCUCUGGGGCAGAGGUAGCGAGGUGAGGAGCAGGCCUGGUCCCCGGGUCCGCCUCCUGCCGCCCAAGCCCGGUAACGGACAACGGGCGCUCUCCCCGCAGGAGCUGACCUUCCUGAGCAAACAGGAGAUCCUGCUUGCCUACAAGAGGUUCAGCGAACUGCUGCCAAAGGAGGAGAGGGAGAAUGCCUGCUCCGCACGGCUCCCCAAGAGCUGCAUCCUGACGCUGCCCGAGCUGCGGGCGAACCCCUUCCAGCACCAGAUCUGCCGCGUGUUCUCCACCUCAGACAACAGGGAUGGCAGCAUGUCCUUUGAAGACUUCCUCGACAUGCUGAGCGUCUUCAGCGAUGCCGCUACUUUGGACAUCAAAUCCCACUACGCCUUCCGCAUCUUUGACUUUGAUGAGGAUGGGGCUCUGGACAGAAAGGACCUGGAGAAACUGGUGAACUGUCUGACGGGGGAUGGCGAGGGGUCCCAGCUGAGCACUGCUGAGAUGGAGCAGCUGAUCCAAAACAUCCUGGAGGAGGCCGACAUUGACAAGGAUGGCACCAUCAACCUCUCCGAGUUCCAGCACAUUGUCUCUCGCUCCCCAGACUUCACCAGCUCCUUCAAGAUCGUCCUGUGAGAGCCCCGUGGCUCUUCAGAACCACUCCUCCGGCUGCCACAGCUCUUCAUGGUCUCAGACGUUUCCUCUUUCAGCACACAGAACGCAGAGGCCCCUGCUCCACACCAUGCAGUGCCUUGGGCCAGACACCCCCCUGCUCCCCUUGUGCCAGGCAAGAUGGCAGAAGCUGCAGCCUGCAGAGGUGGGGCCCCGGGAGGCUGCCUUGCCUGCAGCCCCGCUGCUCUCCCAGGAUCAGAGAGCUCCUUUUUAAACUUAAUUUUAACUCCUUAUGCAAACAAAGGGCAGCUCUGUGGGUGGGGGGAGGCACACAGAGGUGCUCCUGCCUGGGGGCUGCACUGCACCAGCACCAGCACAGUCCGUUUCUGCUCUCAGUACCAAUUCGUGCCUUCCACGAUAAGGCAGGGACCUGCCUCCCCUUGCCAAGCCCCUCCCUGGCUUUCCUGUCUUCCCGGGGGCCUCCCUGCUGCAACAUGGGUCUGUUUGAGCAACAGCCCCAAAGCGGAUCCGUUUCUCUCAGCAACAGCCCCAAAGCGGAUCCGUUUCUCUCAGCAACAGCCCCAAAGCGGAUCCGUUUCUCUCAGCAACAGCC